CCAGACUUCGGAGCUCCUUCCUCCAACGCCAUCAUGAACGGGAUGAACGGGAGGCUGGCGCCCAACGGAGGAGGAGCAUGGCCUAUGUUCAUGCCCCCGUAUGCGGGAGGGCCGCUAGGGGAUGGCAUGGAGUACGGCUACGGAGUUGCCAAGGCUGGGUAUCCGGCGUACGGUCAGUAUGGGGGGGAGCCAAUGGGGAGGGGAUUCGACAACGCGGGGGAGGUGGAGAUGAUCAACGGAGGUUAUAGCGACAUGAUGAACGCUAGACCUCCGAGCGGCAAGCCACUGCAGGAGGAGCGCAUGGUGGGGAGGGGGCAGGUGGGGGGCGCGUUCAAGUUUCCUCCUAUCGGAGCAGGAUCAGAACCGAUGCGUCAAGACGCGAAGGGAGGGUCGAAGGAGAGGAAGCUGCGGGUAGGAAAGACAGCGAACGAGGGGAGCGAGAGAGAGAGACUGGGAGGGAAGGACUCGCGGCAGCAGGAUCUUCGAAUGAGGCACGAGAAGAAGAAGGUUCCGAGUAGACAGUGAGAGAAACGUAUCUAGAUUGUCUUUUAAACGAUCUAUGAACAUUGACUAUCAACAAGC